UGCAGAGCCCCAACUCUCCGCACUCAAACCCUGCGGCGGGGCUUCUGCUAAUAUCGAGGAUCAGCUCCCCGGGAGCUAGCUGCGCUGUUAGCAUGCUCCGGUAGCAUCGGGGGCAUGCUGGAUGUUGUGUGGGGAUACGUUUGGAUCUGUUUAUUUGUAUCACUGGUUCUCCUCACGAACGAGGGGCACGGGCUUCAAUCACGCUAUUCUGUGCGACGGGCGGAAACAGGAGGGAGAGGGUGGCCUUCCCCCGCUCGGCUCUGGAAAAAGGCGCACUUCUGUUGAAAGGGGAGUUGAACGGAGUAGAGGACCGUUUCACUGUUAUGAAGUUUUAAGAAGAGACCAGUCGUCUUCUAGACCUGGGACCGUAUCGCUGAGUAUGAGGAAACCAGUGCCACAGAAAGCCGUCGAAUGGAAAGAUGCCAGACGGAUCAAACACGCACGCAGUGGGCGUCCCUCCAGAGUGCCCUCCCAGUACCAAGCAGGUCACUUCAGCUGGGAGAAGUACCUGAAGGAGACGGGAGCCACCGCAGCACCCGCAUCCUGCUUCAGACAGAGCGCCACCCCCCCGCUGAACGAGUUCAAGGCGGGCAUGAAGCUGGAGGCCCUGGACCCCCGCAACACCACGUCCACCUGCAUCGCCACCGUGGUGGGGCUGACGGGCGCCAGGCUCCGCCUCCGCCUCGACGGCUCCGACAACAAGAACGACUUCUGGCGGCUGGCGGACUCCUCGGAGAUCCACCCCAUCGGCCACUGCGAGAAGAACGGGGGCAUGCUGCAGCCGCCGCUGGGGUUCCGGCUCAACGCCUCCUCCUGGCCCAUGUUCCUCCUGAAGACCCUCAACGGGGCAGAGAUGGCCCCCGCACGCAUCUUCCACAAGCAGGAGCCCGCGGCCCCGGCGCAGAACUCGUUCCAGGUGGGGCUGAAGCUGGAGGCGGUGGACCGUAAGAACCCCAGCUUCAUCUGCCCGGCCACGGUGGGCGCGCUGCGCGGCGGCGAGGUGCUGGUCACCUUCGACGGCUGGAGGGGCGCCUUCGACUACUACUGCCGCUACGACUCCCGCGACGUCUUCCCCGUGGGCUGGUGCGCGCUCACCGGGGACCACCUGCAGCCCCCCGGCACCAAAGUCGUCCUCCCAAAGACCCCGGGGCCCCUGACUGACAGCAGCGUGGACGCCGUGCACCCCCCCCCCGCCGUUGGACGGCCCCCGGGCCAGCGAGGACGCAAGCCGGGCCGCCGGAAAACCAAGCUCCCCGGGCCCUGGGGGCCCAAGGGCCCCGGCGCGCUGGCAGGGGCCCAGGGCGGGCCCCAGGGCAAGGGCCUGGAGCCCAUCAAGAUCCCCAAGAAGAGAGGCCCCAAGCCCGGCAGCAAGAUGGGCUGGGCGAGGAGGCCUGGCUGGUUGGAGGGGUCCAUGGUGGGUCCCGGCCGGCCGGUGGUGGUGGGCCCCGGGAGGCCCCUAGGCCCGGGCAGACCCAGGGGCCGGCUGCCUGCCAACUGGGCCCAGCGGGUGGCCCUGCAGCAGAACCAGAACCUCCCGGAGCCCGUCAAGAUCCCAAAGAAGAGGGGGCCCAAACCGGGGAGCAAGAGGAAGCCGCGGGUUGUCCCCCACGCCGCCCCCUCCUCCCCCACCUGCAGCACCCCGGAGCCCGACACCAGCACCGUCCCCCUGGACCACGCCACCAUCCCCACCUCGGCCCUGCAGGCCCCCACAGUGUGCGUGUACCUGAACAAGUUCGGUAAGGUGGGCCCCCACCUGGACCAGCGGCGGGUGCAGCUGCUGCCGGACCACUUCGGGCCGGGCCGGGCCUCGGUGGUGCUGCAGCAGUGCGUCCAGGCCUGCGUGGACGCCGCCCACAACCAGAACACCGUCUUCUGCUGCCUGAAGCCCGGCCACGGGGGCGAGCUCAUCUCUGCCUACUUCGAGCAGCAGCAGCACACGCUGACCCUGCCCACGGUCAGCAGCGUGACAUACGUCCUACGCUUCCUGGAGAAGCUCUGCCACAACCUGCACUGUGACGCGCUGUUCGGCAGCCAACCGGUGGCCAGGGGCGGGCUGCACUACGAGGGACACGCCCACACGCCAGAGAGGAGGGGCUUCGGGGACGGGCUGCCCAGUGGCCCGGGGCGGGGCAUCAAGAGGUUCCUCCAUGACGCCUACGCCAGCCCCCCGCCCCACAAGAUGGCCAAGGCCCACCGCCAGCCCGCUGACGGUGAGGCCCUGGGGGAGAACGGAGUGGGAGGGGCGGAGCACCUGAAGAAGAGCCCCCUCUCCCCCUCCUCAGCACACCGGUCGCCCCCCAAACACACAGGCAGCCAGCGGGACAGCCCGCGGCCCAGCCAUCAGGACCCCGGCCUGUGGACGGUGGAGGAGGUCAUGCAGUACAUCCGCGAGGUGGACCCCGUGCUGGCCCCGCACGCCGACCUCUUCAGGAAGCACGAGAUUGACGGCAGAGCCCUCCUGUUGCUGCGCAGCGACAUGAUGAUGAAAUACAUGGGCCUGAAGCUUGGCCCCGCCCUCAAACUCACCUUCCACAUCGACAAGCUCAAGCGCCAUUAACAGCCAAUCCCGGAGCAGCUUCAAAAGGACUCCGCCCCCUCCCUCCCCUCCCCCUCCCUCUUGUGUUUUGACAUUCAGUAUUUCAUGAAAUGCAUUCUGGGACGUUGUUUGAGACCGUACAUGUAGCAAGCGGCACCGUCACACCAAAAUUGUACCGGGGGCGAAAAUUGUACCGUCGUAUAAUUUUCGCCCCACGGUACAAUUUCGGUUUGACAUCACCAGCCGACCAGAUUUAGUGUUUGACCCCGCCCCCCUCGUUUAACCCCGCCCCCUUCAUAAGCUCCGCCCCCAGACCUCAUCGAAUGAGGACUCGUUUUUUCGGUUUGGACGUCGCCGCCUGCGCUGUUUCAACCGCCGCGUUGCGCAUUUCAGACGGACUCCAAGAGACGGUGGUUUGAAAUGGGUUUUUUAAUAUUUGUUUUUAUCCUGAAAAGAAGCUCUUUUUCAACGUGUGUUGUUAAAAUGAAGACAAACACUACGACGCGGUUAGCUCCCCUUCUGAGGUACUUUUUGUAAUGAUGAAAUCAACUGAGGAGGUGGGAAAUCGUUUUUAUAUAUAAAAAAAGAAUAGAAAUAACAUUUAUUGGGAAGGUCCCGUCGGACGUGUCUCUCGGUCUUGAUGUUGUUUAUAAUGCCUUGUCUGUCUUUAUUUGUACCUUUUUCAUUUUUAUACGAUAUUAUUAGAGGUCCUGCAUUGAACGUGUCUUCAUACUCAACAUGGUUCAAUAAAUGUUCAGUAACUCCA